CAACAGGCAGCUGUCAAGGAGGAGAACAAAAAAAAAAGCUAAUCGCGUAGAAAAAGAAAACGACAUACGUCAAAGCCAGGUAAAAUGGCCACUCUGACGGGCUAGCGACGAAUUCGACCAAGAACCUGUAGUCGGAACAGCGCCGCAACCAUCCUCACAGAAUCGAAACCCCACACCAGCGCACACAAAAACAAGCAGAUCUGUACACUGGCGCACGUAAGGUGUUAAGCUCAAGUACGCGGCCAGGCUAGGCGGUAAAAGGUACCGCUGUGCAAGAAAGAAACCCUGUAGCGCCCUUUGUGCAUCGUCAUCAACAACUAUCAACAUCUCCAUCAGUAAGCCUCAACCGCGGCCAUCAGCGCUGCACUGUGUGUGCGCGCGCGCGUGUGUGUGUUCGUGUGUGCCGAGAGAGUGUGUCCUGUGUGAGGUGCAUGCGCGCGUGUGUGUGCACGCACAUUCGUGUAUGUGUGUUUUGGGUAGUGGUGUAUUAAAACACCGGCUGAGAGGUUAGGAAGCGACCGGAACUCUGCACCGCGCGAUCAACCCCCCUUACCUGCACUGAGCGAGGAUACUUUUCCUAAAAAGAGGAAGGUUUUUUUUUGUUGCAAAGAGAUGGAAAUCCUAACGCAGUCACAGGUGCAUGGGCUCACCACCCCCACGACGGCCGCCCGCAAGAAGGAUGCCGAAGCAAAGGAAAACCUCUGGUCGUCCAUCCUGAGCGAGGUGCAAACACAGAGUAAUACCAAGCUGCCGUCGAACAAAUCGGUGCUGGUGCUGGGCGAUAAUGCGAGCGGCAAAACUACCCUCAUCGCCAAGCUGCAGGGCGUCGAGGAUCCAAAGAAGGGUUCCGGCCUGGAGUACGCCUACAUCGACGUGCGGGACGAAUAUCGAGACGAUGUUACACGCCUGAGUGUUUGGAUUCUGGAUGGUGAUCCGGGACAUAACAAUGUGCUCAAGUUCGCCCUCAACGAACAGAACUUCCCGCACACGCUCGUCAUACUGACACUUUCGAUGACGACACCGUGGAGCUGGGUGGAUCAGCUGCAACACUGGAUGAAGAUACUCGACGAUCACAUCGCUGGGCUAAAGAUUGAUCCAGAGGAAAAACAACAGUGUCAGGCACGGUUAACGACGGAAUGGCAGAACUAUUGCGAAACCGUUGACGAUCUUGAUCCGGGUUCGCCAAUCAAGCGCACCAACCGAUUGCCUUCGGUGGACGACGAGCUGGACGCGUUACCCCUACCGGAAGGCGUCCUAACGACCAACCUCGGCCUUGAUGUGGUCGUCGUUGUUACCAAGACCGACUAUAUGACCACGCUGGAGAAGGAGCUCGACUAUCGGGAUGAGCACUUUGACUUCAUGCAGCAGUGGAUCCGACGGUUCUGUUUGAUGUACGGUGCGUCACUCUUCUACACCAGCGUGAAGGAGGACAAGAACUGCGAUCUACUCUACAAAUACCUCACGCAUCGGAUCUACGGUUUACCAUUCCGGACGCCCGCACUGGUCGUUGAGAAGGAUGCGGUGCUAAUACCGGCCGGUUGGGAUAACAUGAAAAAGAUUAGCAUACUGUACGAGAACAUGCAGUCCUGUAAGCCGGACGAUUACUACAACGAUAUUAUUGCACAACCGCCUUCGAGAAAGACUGUUUCGAACCGUGAGAGCGAAAUUCAAACGGAGGAUGAGCAAGCAUUCCUUGCCCGCCAACAGCAGCUGCUCCAGCAGGGUCAGACGCCGACGCGGGGAGAAUCGCCGCUGCGAUCGCAGCCCAGCAACGGUACCAAGAGCACUCAACGGACUCCAGUGGCUGCGGGUGCCCAGGGCUCACCAAAGAAGGUCGAUGGUAAGCUUACACCCGGCACGCAGAGCGGCGAAGGUGUGCUGGCAAACUUCUUCAACUCCCUGCUGCACAAGAAGUCUGUCUCGCCCGGUUCGGCUGCGGCGGCGGCUGCUGCCGGCGGUGUAACCGGUACCGGCAGUCCACUCAGUGCAUCCUCCUCACCCUCCUCGCUGUCACCGCGUGCUAACGUAAUGAACGGCACGGCCGAUACCGUGUCAGCGAGCGAUAAGAUUAGCAUGCGUACCGAUGCGGCCCUCGAGCUGGACCGUCUCGCACGGAGCGUUAAAAAGGACCUCGACUACUCGGCGGCACAGUCCGACUGCUGAACUGCGUUAGGUGGUGUUGGGUGGGAAACCGAGUGAGCUGAACCGAUGUGUGUGGUUCGUUUGCUUUUGAAAGUUGAGUUUGGAUGCGCGUCACACCUAUACCGUUUACAAAAAAAAAAACACUGCACUAAAACCAAAUGGUUAAACCGCGCGCUUCUCGCUCUCUCUCUCACACACACACACUCGUAGGGAAAGCGAAAACGGAACAGGGAGAGAAAACGGAACAAGUGAAGGGGAGGGAGGUUGGUUAAAUCGUGAAAAACGGGUUAUGGGUGGAAAUUUUCACCGCAGCCCGUCGCACUUAAUGCCCAACAAUUGCAAAGUUAAUCGUGUUUUUUUUUAUAUACGAUUUUUGUUUUAUUUUAUUAUACUCAUUUUUCGCAGUGAUAGUGCCACUUUUGGUUUGCGUUUUUCUUUUGCUACCCUUUUUUUAUUGUUUCCGUUUUCGGGUAACAACAAGUGCAGCAUCGUAGGUACGAGACAGUCUCGACCUUAGAAUAGGCAUUAGAAAUGCAUUGUGCAUCAAAUUUUUAUAGCAACAUCCCCUUGUCUCUGAUCCAAUUUGCAAAAAAAAUGAAAGUGUAAAAUUUUAAAAAGGCAUCGUUUUGUUAACCGAACUAUGUUAAAAUUGUGGAAACAAAUUUGUUUUGAAAAAAAAAAAAUAUUACCGGUCAAUCAUCUCGGGACUGAAAGUUUGAACAAUUGUUUCCUAUACGAAAAUGUUUUUUUUUUCAAUCCAACAGAUAUACAUACAUACACGGACCAAGAGCGGUUUUAUAGGGCAGAAUUUUAAUCUGUUACGAAAAAGGAAUUAGCCGUUGAUAGUGCCGCCUUAUAUCUCCACAGUAUUACAUUACCACAGUCCCGGGAUGAUGUUACCACCCGUCUGAUUCAGUUUAAUUUUUUCCCCGCCCCCCUUCCCUCCACUAUCCCCUUUCCCUUGAAUCGCAAGCUUCUCGUCUUCUCUCAGCUAGCACCAGACUGCGGUAAUUAGCAUAUAUCAUUGUGAUAGACGAAUUGUGUUCGCGUUUGGUUUUGCAGCGCAAGUUGCGUGUGUGAAAGUGUGUGCGAGAAAGGAUGAUUUACGAAUGUGUACGCGCGUGUGUGUGUGUUUGUUGCUGGUUGCUGAAGUAAUUGUUGCUUAGUGUAAAGCACACUUUGCUUAAAUGUAUGUUGUUAUUGUUUUGCAUAAUAGAGACAAUACCGAGUGCCGAUAUUGCUUCAUUCGUCUCUACAUUGCUUACUGUGUAUGCUGGCUUCCAACCUUUUGCACCUCAUCGCGUACGCGCGCGCGCGCGUGUGUGUGUGUGUCCAUGUGUGCAAGUGUUUGUCGCGUGUGUCGCGCCUGCAGGCCCUUCCCCCGGGGCUCUCGACAUUCGGCUGGGAGGCCCAUCCAGAUAUUUAUGCUAACUUAUGCUAGGAAAAUCCCUUCACCAUCUCCCACAUCACCGUCUCGCAAACGCCUCUUACCGCCACACCGCUCUUCCAUCUCUCUCUCAGCUGUCGUUCCCACCCCCCCCCACC